ACAAAACAGGAAAUUCACAAUAAAAUAAGCAGGGGCCGGGCGAUGCCUGCGGCCAUUAUCUAGCACGCUAUAUAUACUAUACACCUGAGUGGAGGAAUCAGAAUGGUGGGGCUCGGAGCUCCUUAAAAAGGGUGCGUUUGUGAUCAAUUUUACCUUAAUUCUCUUCCAAAACUCAGAACCAGGGAUCAGAAAGAAUCACAGAGAAAGAGGGAAGACAUGGCUACGGAAUCAUACGAGGAGGCCAUUGCAGGACUCUCGAAGCUUCUCAGUGUGAAAGCUAACCUCGGGGGCGUCGCCGCCGCAAGGAUCAAGCAGAUAACGGCCGAGUUGGAGGCGGUCGGUUCGAAGCAGUUUGAUCCGGUCGAGAGGAUCAAAACCGGAUUCGUCCACUUCAAGAAAGAGAAAUUUGAGAAGGAUCCUGCUUUGUACGGUGAACUUGCCAAAGGCCAGAGUCCAAAGUUUCUGGUAUUUGCAUGUUCAGACUCUCGCGUUUGUCCCUCCCAUGUCCUGAAUUUCCAACCGGGCGAGGCCUUUGUGGUACGAAACAUCGCCAACAUGGUCCCGCCCUACGACACGACAAAGUACUCAGGAGUGGGGGCGGCCAUUGAAUAUGCAGUGUUGCAUCUGAAGGUGGAAAAUAUUGUGAUCAUUGGACACAGCUGCUGUGGUGGUAUAAAGGGGCUCAUGUCUAUCCCAGACGAUGGGACCAUUGCCAGUGAAUUCAUCGAACAUUGGGUCAAAAUCUGUUCCCCCGCAAAGGCCAAGGUCAAGGCAGAGUACAGUGAGUUAAGUUUCCAUGAGCAGUGUACCAACUGCGAGAAGGAGGCUGUGAAUGUAUCGCUCGGAAACUUGUUGACAUAUCCUUUUGUGAGGGAUAGUGUGGUGAAGCAGACAGUAGCUCUCAAGGGUGCACACUACGAUUUUGUCAAAGGAACUUUCGAGCUCUGGGAUCUUGACUUCAAAAUUAUACCCUCCCUGUCGUCUGCAUGAGCAUCUGGUAUAUAUUGUCAUCCUCAGCUCGCAGGUUGUUGUAAAUUAAUGUUGGUGACAACUGGAAAAUGCUGUAAAUUAAUGUUGAUGACAACUGGAAAAUAACAAUAAGGUAUUACCAUGUAGUUGUUAUCUUGCCUGAAUAAUAAUGUCUAUGAACCAUAUAAACGUUGUUUUGGUCAUCUAAUCUAUUUUGUUAAGUAUUGAGGUGUUCUCGAACAUGUAUCGGAUUGGUUUAUGAUCUUAAAACUUUUGAAUUC